AUGUCUGCACCGCCCGAACCACUGCCGCAGGUAGUGGUGGCGGAUAUCGAAAAAUUGCAGGCCGCGCCCAGCGACAGAUCGGCAUCCGGGGACGACGAAGCCAAGGCCCCCGAUAACGCCUUGCAGCCACCCACGCCCAGGCGGAAAUGGUACCGGAGGCUGAACCCAUUGCGAUGGCAGACACCACCACCUGUCCCUAACGAGCGGACCGCGUCGAAAGAAUAUGGGGCGUCAUUCUUUAGCAUCGUCUCUUUCCAGUGGAUGUCCCCCUUGAUGCGGGUGGGAUAUCUGCGCCCGCUCGAGCUACAGGAUGUGUGGACAGUUAAUCCGGAGCGAACAGUCGAUGUGCUCGCCGAGCGACUAGACGUCGCGCUGGAGCAUCGCACUGCGAGCGGAAGCAAGCGCGCGCUUGUCAUGGCGUUGUACGAUACAUUCCGCUUUGAAUUCCUGCUCGGUGCUGUUUGUCAGUUAUUCAGCUCACUGUUGCUGGUUUUUGCGCCGUAUUUGACGCGCUACUUGAUUGCCUUUGCGACGGAUGCGUAUAUUGCCGAGAAGAGCGGGUUGCCGGCGCCGCAUAUCGGGCGCGGGAUGGGGUUUGUCGUUGGUAUUACACUCAUGCAGGGACUGCAGAGUCUGUGCACGAACCAGUUUCUGUACCGGGGUCAGAUGGUUGGUGGACAGAUUCGGGCGGUGCUUAUUUCGCAGAUCUUUAAUAAGGCGAUGAAGUUGUCUGGUCGGGCGAAGGCGGGUGGGAAGGCGACGGAGGAGGAAGUGAAGGCUUUGGAGUCGGCUAAGGAGGCCCUGAUGAAGGGGGAGAAGAAGGGUGAUGAGAAGGGCGAUGAGAAGGGUCAGCCGGAGGGUCAGAAUCAGAAUCUCGCUUCAACGGUGGCGGGUGAUGGACGAGGGUGGCAUAAUGGCCGUAUCGUCGCAUUGAUGAGUAUUGACGUUGACCGCAUCAAUCUGGCCUGUGGCAUGUUCCAUAUGAUUUGGACGGCUCCGAUCUCCAUCAUCGUCACGCUGGUUCUCUUGCUGGUGAAUAUCGGCUACAGUUGCCUGUCUGGUUACGCUCUGCUCGUCCUUGGCGUCCCUUUACUCACAUACGCUGUGCGCUUUCUCGUGAAACGUCGCCGAAACAUCAAUAAAAUCACUGACCAACGGGUGUCCCUCACGCAAGAAAUUCUCCAGGCCGUGCGAUUUGUCAAGUAUUUCGGCUGGGAGAGCAGCUUCCUCAACCGACUCAAGGAUAUUCGCAAGAGGGAGAUUCGUUCCAUUCAGACGCUGCUUGCUGUGCGCAAUGGCAUUCUCUGCGUCUCCAUGUCGAUCCCCAUUUUCGCUUCCAUGUUGGCUUUCAUCACCUACGCCCUCACCAACCAUAAUCUGGAGGCCGCUGAGAUUUUCUCCUCGCUUGCGCUAUUCAACUCGCUCCGUAUGCCGCUGAAUAUGUUGCCUCUAGUCAUCGGCCAGGUUACCGAUGCCUGGACUGCUCUGAACCGGAUCCAAGAGUUCCUUCUUGCAGAGGAACAGAAGGAAGAUAUCGAAAAGGAUGAGCAGAUGGACCGCGCUAUUGAAAUCAAUCAAGCUUCGUUCACUUGGGAACGUCUGCCUUCCGAAGAAGGUGAAGAUGCGGGCAAUUCCAAGAAGUCUCCUGAUGCUAAAGCCGUGGCACUUCUCAAGGAGGAGAAGACGGAGAGCUCCACGCCUUCGGAACCUUUCAAGCUUAAGAACAUGACCCUCGAAGUGGGACGAAACGAACUGAUUGCUGUCAUUGGAACAGUCGGCUGUGGUAAGAGUUCGUUGCUGUCCGCCCUGGCGGGUGACAUGCGUGUCACGGAGGGCACAGUAAGAAUGAGCACAACACGUUCAUUCUGCCCUCAAUAUGCCUGGAUUCAAAACACCUCUGUCCGAAACAAUGUCCUCUUUGGAAAAGAGUAUGACGAAGCUUGGUAUAACCAGGUCAUCGACGCAUGUGCCCUGUCACCCGAUUUCGAGAUCCUUCCCAACGGCGAUCAAACGGAAAUCGGCGAGCGAGGCAUUACAGUCUCCGGAGGCCAAAAACAGCGCCUCAACAUCGCGCGUGCUAUCUACUUCAAUGCCGAGCUGGUUUUGAUGGAUGAUCCUUUAUCCGCAGUUGAUGCUCACGUUGGCCGCCAUAUCAUGGAUAAAGCCAUCUGCGGUCUCCUGAAAGAUCGCUGCAGAAUUCUCGCUACUCACCAGCUGCAUGUUCUGAAUCGAUGCGAUCGUAUCGUUGUCAUGGACGAAGGUCGUAUUGAUGCGGUUGAUACCUUUGACAAUCUCAUGCGUGAUAAUGCGCUGUUCCAACGUCUCAUGUCUACAUCGCGCCAAGAAGACUCGAAGGAAGAGGAAGAAGACGCGGAAGAGGCGGUGGGCGAAGAGAUCGAGAAGACCAAAGAGCUCGAAGCAGGCCCAAAGAAGGCAUCUGCCAAGCCUGCUGCUGCUUUGAUGCAGCAGGAAGAAAAGGCCACCGCAUCGGUCGGAUGGAGCGUUUGGAAAGCCUACGUCCGUGCCUCUGGCAGCUACUUCAAUGCUCUGGCAGUUUUCUUCCUACUGGCUCUUGCAAAUGUUGCCAACAUCUGGACGAGUCUGUGGCUUUCUUACUGGACCUCGGAUAAAUACCCCAGUCUCUCGAUGGGUCAGUAUAUUGGAAUUUACGCCGGACUUGGUGCCAGUGUGGUCGUUUGCAUGUUUGUAUUCUCGACUUAUAUGACAACCUGCGGAACAAAUGCAAGCCGGACAAUGCUGCAGCGAGCCAUGACCCGUGUUCUGCGCGCCCCGAUGUCCUUCUUCGACACCACUCCCCUCGGUCGAAUCACCAAUCGUUUCUCCAAGGACAUUCAGGUCAUGGAUAAUGAACUGUCUGAUGCGAUGAGAAUCUACGCCCUAACAAUGACGAUGAUUAUAUCCGUCAUGGUCCUUAUCAUCGUCUUCUUCUACUACUUCGUCAUCGCUCUCGUCCCCCUCUUCAUCCUCUUCCUCCUCGCCUCGAACUACUACCGAGCCUCGGCCCGCGAGAUGAAGCGCCACGAGGCCGUCCUCCGAUCAAUGGUCUACGCCCGCUUCAGCGAAGCCAUCACGGGAACAGCCUGUAUCCGCGCCUAUGGCGUCGAAAGCCAGUUCCGCACCAGCAUCCGCAGCUCCAUCGACACAAUGAACGGCGCUUAUUUCCUCACCUUCUCGAACCAGCGCUGGCUGAGUGUCCGCUUGGACGCCGUGGCUACAGCUCUAGUAUUCGUCAUUGGUGUUUUGGUCGUCACAUCCAGAUUCAACGUCUCUCCCAGCAUCUCCGGCCUGGUGUUGUCAUACAUCCUCGCCAUCGCACAAAUGCUUCAAUUCACCGUUCGCCAGCUCGCUGAAGUUGAGAAUAACAUGAACGCCACCGAGCGCGUGCACUACUACGGAACCGAGCUGGAAGAAGAAGCCCCCCCCUCCACCUGGCAGAGCUGGCCCGAAAAGGGCCGGAUAGUCUUCGACGACGCGAAAAUGCGCUAUCGAGACGGUUUGCCGCUUGUCCUUCAGGGCCUUUCCAUGGACAUCCGUGGCGGCGAGCGCAUCGGUAUCGUCGGACGAACCGGUGCUGGAAAAUCGAGUAUCAUGUCUGCUUUGUUCAGAUUAACUGAGUUAUCCGGCGGCACGAUCCACAUCGACGAUAUCAAUAUCGCGACCGUCGGUCUUCAUGACCUCCGCUCCAGACUAGCCAUCAUCCCACAAGACCCGGCUCUAUUCCGCGGCACGAUCCGGACGAAUCUAGACCCCUUCAACGAACACUCCGAUCUAGAACUAUGGUCCGCCCUCCGAAAAGCCUACCUAAUCGCCGACGAAACCGAAGACGCCGAAGCUCUCCCCAGCGAGCCCGGAACAGGAACCACAACCCCCAUCACAACGGACUCCAAACCGCGCAACCGGCUAACCCUCGAGUCCCCCGUCGACGAAGAAGGUCUCAACUUCUCCCUGGGCCAGCGCCAAUUAAUGGCGCUCGCCCGGGCUCUAGUCCGCGACGCGCGAAUCAUCGUCUGCGACGAAGCGACUUCCUCCGUCGACUUUGAGACGGACCAGAAGAUUCAAAGGACUAUGGCGCAGGGAUUCCAUGGAAGGACGCUGCUUUGUAUUGCGCAUCGAUUGAGGACGAUUAUCCAUUAUGAUCGCAUUUGCGUGAUGGAUCGGGGCCAGAUUGCUGAGAUGGAUCACCCGGUUAAUCUGUGGGACCGCGAGGAUGGCAUUUUUAGGGCCAUGUGUGAGAGGAGUGGAAUUACUAGAGAUGAUAUUUUGGCGGAUGAGUGA